AACGCUUAGUCCCUAACCACACAACAAUCAGCUUUCCAUUGUUUGUUUUCUUCUGUUUAUCCAAUAUGGCUAGCUCCAUGUCCCUUAAGCUUGCAUGUGUUCUGGUACUGUGCUUGGCCGUGGCUGCACCCCAGGCUCAAGGGACAAUCACUUGUGGCCAGGUCGUAUCGUCCCUGGCACACUGCAUUGUUUAUGUACGAAACCACUGCGCUGGUGGUGGUGUGCCUGCAACAUGUUGUAACGGGAUCAAAUAUCUCAGCACCGCCUCCCAAUCAACACCGGACCGCCAAUCGGCUUGCAACUGCAUCAAAGGAGUGGUUGCCGGCAUUCCUGGCAUCAACUAUGGCCUUACCAACAAGCUCCCAGGCAUGUACGGGGUGAACAUCCUGUACAAGAUCAGCCCCUCCUCCGACUGCAAAAGGUCUUAUAACAUCAAUUAG